ACAUAAACUAGGCGUGGCAGUGAAGUCAUAGCCAUUUUAGAUUGAUCGAGUCGAUUGCAGCACUAAUGACAUCGUUUUGCGCCUCUCUGUUUGUUUUUUCAUCGCUCUUGCACGCCUCUAUUGCAUGUCAGCAACUCGGCAUGUACAAACCUAUUCCUGAAAGCGCCUACGACCUGUUGCCCGCGUCUUCAGACGACAUCAGCAAGAAUCCGUACGGAUAUUAUGUGACGUCUCUUCCAAGCAUCGAAGACACGGCAACUCCAGAUCCGUGCGUGCAAAUCAUGGCGCCUGCUCAGUACAUGGUAGAGAUCAUGAUGCAAGCCGUCACUGGCAGUUUCCAAAUAUGUGGGAAAGAUGAUUCCAGUGAUCCCGUCGAAUUUUGUGGUGCUGGUGAAGUUCGAUAUUGUGGUGCUAUUCCAAAGAACAACCCAACAUACACAUUCUUUUGUGAAAAUUCAUGUGAGACAUCCGAUAAUUCAUUUUUUUUCUAUCGUUUCUACAUACAAAACUCAACAGAAUUGGUGCAAGAUCCACAAGAUUGGUGUCAGAAUCGUAAUCCCAGUGAGUUCCCAAAAUCUCUACAAAGGCUGCCGGAUUCGAUCAACAAUGUGCCUGAUGCCCCAAAGGAUCGUGACGUGGGAUUAGGUGCGGGCAUCAUUUCAUCUCCCUCAUUCUUUGUCAUCUUUAUAUCUCUUUUUACUCUUUUGCUCACUUUUCUGUGACAUUGAUAUUAACUUGUGUGACAUUGAAUGCAACCGUUGUUGCAUCUUUAUAAUGUUAUGUGCAUGGCUGACUUCUUGUCGAUGCUGGACGUACCAGGAAGCCAGGAAGUUUUAUGAUUA